AUGAAAAUUUUAUCAGUUUUUGUGUUGGUUUUUAUUGAAACUCGGAGCUGGCCUUAUGGAACUUAUACAAAUCAAAUUUCCAGUGUUCAAACAUUUAACUUUGUUACCCCAUUUCCGGAUUCCGGACGUCAAACGGCAGUACAAGAAUCCUCGGCAAAAGAAUCCAUACCAAUACAGCUAGACAUCAAAUAUGGCGGACUGCAGCGCGUUGUAGCGGAUUUUUUGAAUCCUAAACCAAUUGUCGACACUAUACAAGAGCACGAGAAAUAUGGCAACGAUGGCGGCAAAGGGCGGGCUAUUAGCACCGCUGUAGUAGCCGCCGUCGAAGGGCUGUCAAACGGUUUGAAUGCUCUCGUAGAUAUACCAUUUCAAAAAACCAAAACUAUCGGACGUCAAAUUACGGAGUCGCUCAAUCAAGUCGGAGGGAAAUUGGUCGGGUUAGCUUAA